UCUCUCUCUCUAAAAAAAAAAAACCUCAUCCUGAAUGCUGGGUUAAGGGAGCAGAUUUUCCCAGGCCUUUCUUUUGUGCAAGUCUGAGCUGGGGCUUUCUUGGUCUAUGAUUUCAACUUUUUUUUGCUUAUUGUUCUCUUGUACAUAGAGAGAGAGAGAGAAAGAUAAAAAGGAAGGAGAUGAAGUUGUAGAUGGAGAUCAAUAAUGGUGAUAACUGGAUUUUAGAGAAGUGGAGGAGAUUAUGAGUGAAUGAUGAUGAUGGUGAUGAUGAUGAUGAUGUUGAUGAUGACGAUAGAGUUUGGCAACGGAGCUCCUUCACCUCCAUUUCCAUUUCUAUUUCCAUUUCCACUUCAUUUUUGACUGCUUACUGCUACUACUAACUUUACCAUAUCUCUAGUCUUCCACAUUGUGAGUGUUGUUGGUGGAGAAUGCCGCAGUAUCAGCAACCAGCGCAUUCAUGGAGGUUGGAGGGAAGUGGUGGCCAGAUCUUAGAUCUGGAGACUGCGGUGAAAGAUGGGAUCCUUGGUGGUGGAGGAGGGAUCGCUGUGGGUGCUGUGGAGAAGGUGGAUCUGAAGAAGAUGAUUGAGGAGGUGGAUGCGGCGGCGGCGGAGGAUAUCCCUACUGUCUUCAUUUGCCCGAUCUCGCUCGAGCCGAUGCUGGAUCCGGUGACGCUGUGCACUGGUCAGACCUAUGAGCGGUCGAAUAUCCUCCGAUGGCUGUCGAUGGGUCACCGGACUUGUCCUACAACGAUGCAGGAGCUCUGGGACGAUGCGCUCACUCCGAAUCGUACUCUUCAGCAGCUCAUCCAUGCUUGGUUUUCACAGCGGUACCUCCGGAUCAAGAAGCGGUCGGAGGAUGUCCAGGGCCGCGCUGCUGAGCUUCUUCAGUCGCUUAAGAAGGUUAAAGGUCAGGCUCGCGUGCAGGCGCUGAAGGAGCUCCAGCGUCUCGUCGUUGCUCACUCUUCCACUAAGAAAACCAUCGUCGACUCUGGUGGUGUCCAGUUGCUUUCCUCUCUUCUCGGCCCGCUAACUUCCCAUGCCGUCGGCUCGGAGGCGAUCGCCAUUCUGGUAAACCUCUCCCUCGACUCUGAUUCCAAAUCCAACCUUAUGCAGCCAGCCAAGGUCUCCCUCGUCGUCGAUAUGCUCAACGAGGGCACCAUCGAGACCAAGAUCAACUGCACGAGGUUUAUCGAGAUGUUAAUGGAGGAGCCGGACUUCCGUUCUGAGAUCGUCUCUAGUCUUAGCCUUCUCGUCGGCCUUGUAAGAUUAAUCAAAGAUCGACGCUUUCCCAAUGGUUCAUCCUCCGGCCUCGGCCUCUUGAAAACCAUAUGCGCGCACAAGCAAGUGCGCAGUCUCGUCGUCAGCGUCGGCGCGGUGCCGCAGCUCGUCGAGCUACUCCCUGAAUUAACCCCCGAUCCACUCGAACAAGCUCUUCAGAUCCUCGAUGACCUUGCCGCCAUCCCGGAAGGCCGGUCUGCAUUGAAGGAAUGCCCGCACACCAUUCCCAACUUGGUGAGGCUUUUGAUGAGAGUUUCUGAAGCUUGUACGCAGUCCUCGUUGUCGAUAUUGUGGGCGGUGUGCAAGCUUGCCCCGGACGAGUGCGCGUCUCUCGCCGUCGAAGCCGGGUUGGCUGCCAAACUCUUGCUAGUUUUACAGAGUGGUUGUAAUCCGGCGCUGAAGCAGCGCGCCGCUGAGUUGUUGAAGCUUUGUAGUCUCAAUUACACUGCCACUCUUUUCAUCUCCAAAUGCAAGCUCACCAGAACCAUUCAGUGAUCAACUGGGUACAUAAAAACUACAUAACAUUGUGUUGCUGGCUUGAGUGUUUUGGGCUCUUCUUGUUGUGUAUACUGAUUACUGAAUGAAUACUCACCUCACCAUUUCACUAUUUCACUAUUUCACUAUUUCACCAUUCAAUGAAGAAGAAGAAGAAGCAAUGAAGAAGAAGAUGAUGAUUAUAUGGUGAAUUGGUUGUGGGUGAUAGAUACCCAGGAAAUGUGGGAAUGCUGCUGCUGCUGCUGCUUAAGCUGCUGUUUCAAUAAGCAUUGUGAGGAAAGGAAAACAGAGGAUUUGGUAGCCAUUUUUGGUUGUGUCAAAACAAAAAUUUCCAGUGGGGUUUCAUCUUCUGAAUUUGGGGGCAUGUACAUCUUUUCUUUUUUUCCAUGUAUUUCAUAAAUUUCCAUAGUGAAUUUUUGUUUGAACAGGAGGGAGAAUCAGAGAAUUACAAUUGCUCUUUUGGUUUUUCCAAAUUUAA